AACACCACACAGCCUUAACAAAUAUAUUAACUCAUCAUAUAUACCUUCUCUCUCUCUCUCUCUCUCUCUCUCUCUCUCUAAUUAUAUAUAAUUAACUCUCUUAUUUAGACAGGGAGAUGAGCAGGUGGCCGGGCGACUGGAACUGCAGCACGUGCCAGCAUCACAAUUUCAGCCGCCGCGACACGUGCCAGCAUUGCGGCUUCUCGAGGUCCGGAUGCGGCGGUGACCUCCUCGUGGGCGGCUUCGGCGGGGGCUCCUCUUUCGCCUUCUCCACCGCCGCCGCCGCCGCUGUCGAAGUCCGGCCCGGCGACUGGUACUGCUUCUGCGGCGGCCACAACUUCGCCAGCCGCUCGAACUGCCACAAGUGCGGCGGAAUCAAGGAGUCCUCCGCCGUCGGGUGCUUCGACGUCGCCGCCGGCAAUGACGCGCCUAGCCCGCGCGCGCCCGCCGAAUGGAAGUCCGGCGACUGGCUGUGCACGAGAUCUGGCUGCAAUCAGCACAACUUUGCGAGCAGGAGGGAAUGUUUUCGCUGCAAGGCACCGAGGGGAGGUGGAAUCCUGCAUUAAUUAAUGACUCCGAGGAGAAGAAGAACACAGAGAGCUAAAUGAGCAAAUGUUACGUACGGCCUAAUUAGUAGUUAAUUACUUUGCUAUUUACGAGUUUUAAGUGCUAUGAAUGUAUGGUUGAUGGAGUUCCUCAUCUCCACAAAAGGUGAUGGAAUUGGAAUGUUCUCUUUUGAUGUAUUUUAAUAUGAUUGGGAAAGAUAUAUGAUAUGAUAUA